CUGCGCAUUGCAGUUUGGUAUUGAGUGCGGCAUCUGCAGGUCUUUAGCGCGCAUGUUCAUCGAAAUAUUACCGACGGGAGUUAAACGGUUGAAUUAAAUCGAAUAAUCAGUUUCUAUAGCGCGUAAGAAAUGGAUAUAAAGGCACAAGAGAAGCAAAAUAAAAAUAUACGUCGAAGAAUACUCGAUGUGCAACAAUUACGUAUAGCAGAAUGUCCGUCGGAUUCACCGUGGAUCAGACCCGUUCGGAUACAUUACCAACAAGAUGGCGAACAGAAAGAUUGGGAUGUGGUAAGAGCACAUGAUGGUGUGAGUAUAAUUAUCUUCAACAUCAGCCGAAAGAAACUGGUGUUUGUUCGACAAUAUCGCCCAGCGUUCUUUUAUACGUUUCUUCCGGAGAAACAAGGGCCGGUAGAUCUUAAACAAUAUCCACCGUCACUGGGUUUAACUUUGGAACUUUGCGCCGGUAUUGUGGAUAAAGAUAAACCACUUGUCGAGAUUGCGAAAGAUGAAGUAAGAGAAGAAUGUGGAUACGAAGUGCCAACAGAAGCCUUUAAAUACAUCAUUACUUUCAGGUAUGUUUCCACUUCAGUCUGCAAACAUACACUAUUUUACGUGGAAGUUACAGAUGAGAUGCAUACACAUCCUGGAGGGGGUGCUGCAUCUGAAGGUGAACUGAUCGAAGUGGUGGAACUAAGCAUCCCAGAAGUAAAAGAAUACAUCAAUUCUGAGGAAGUUCAAAGUCCACCUUGUUUAUUAUAUGGUGUUACCUGGUUUUUAGCUAACAAAUCUCAACACUGUUCUUAACUUAGAAUCAAAUAUCUUUCAAACUUGUUCAAAAUAAGUAUUACUGAUUGGACUCUAAAUAAAAGGAUUAUCCUUUAA